AUGCAUCUUUUCGGUCCUCGGAACCGUCUUUUCGCAUGCGUUGAAGUUCGUACCAUAAUCAGCCGGGAAUGGUGCGAGCGCCUGGUGGGCGGCGGGAAAGCCUUUUGUCGCGGGAGUUCCCUCCGUCGUAGCAUUGGUACACCCACUCAGAUUGCUGCCUUUUCCAAGUGCGAAUACUAUUCGUUCCAGAUCAUAUAUUCAUACGGAGUACGGGACAGUAUCGUCACACCCACCCGUGCCUUCCACUCCUUGGCUCUCGCCCUGGGCCCUUCCUUCCCCGACCCCUUCGGUCCUUCCCUUGGCCCUGGGACACGGAAUCUUUUUCACAUAAUCUUGAAUAAUCAAUUCUUUCGAAUCAUUUUCGAUUCCUCACCUCUCCUCCUCCAGUUCCUCCAGUCCCUCCAGUUCCUCCUCCUCCUUCAUCCUCUCAAUCCUGUUGCCUGCCUUGUGUGGACUCAAGUCCUCAGGGACUCAAGGGCACGACACCUAGCGAACAAAACAUUGGGACCCCAGCGAAGCGCCAUCAUCAUCGUUCCAACACCAUUUGCCUUACAAAGCCACGCCCCCUUUUCCCGUCUUCUCGAGUCGUUUCUUGUUCUCACCUCCUUCGGCUCGGACUUUCUCUUUCUGCUUCGUUCCCAGCCCAAUGGCGCGGCAUUGAUUCCGUCAUCGGUUCUUCUUCCCCAUCCCAACAUGCCACCGCGGCGGCCACCAGGUGAUGGGGGGCUCGGUUCCCCGAAAUGUCUACUCACCCUCGCCGUUCUCCUCUUCACCUACCUCCCGCUCGCCGAAGCUCAGCAGCAGCAACGACGCGCCGACGCCCAACCCCUAGCCCAAGUUCAACCUGACGACCUCGCCCGUCACAUCCUCCCCGCCGCCGACAGACAAUGGCUCCACCCGUCCGAUGCCUCCAAGGGCGAUGACCAUACGGGCCACCCCAUAAUUCUGUCGGGAGAAGAGCGGGCUGUCAUCGAAAAGAAGACUACGGAACGCAGUCAGGACAGAAACAGAGACGGAGAUAGAAUCAUAAACAGAAACGACAAGAGAAACCACAACAUCCAUCUCGAAAUCCCAAACCGCCACGAUAUCAACUAUAUCAAAAACAACAAUACCCCUAACCAAAACGAUGCGCGCGCCGUCGCAACUUUGGCUCCGGCUCAGUCCGUACGAGCACCUCCCUCCAGUCAUCGUCUCAUCACCCGCCCCGAUACCGGGUCCGGGUCUGGGAUCUCUACGCAGCCUGGUGCGCGGAGUCUGGGGGAAUGGGAAGUGGAAGACUUCGUCCUUUUGGCGACCGUCGACGGGGACCUCUACGCCAGCGACCGCCAGACCGGCACCGUCCGCUGGCAUCUCGAGGUUGACCAGCCCAUGGUAGAGACCGUCCACCACCGCCUCAACACCUCCGAGCUCGACGACGACCACCACCCCGUCGACCAUUACGUCUGGGCCGUCGAGCCUACCCGUGACGGUAGCCUCUACAUCUGGAUGCCCGGCGCCCCCGACCCGGCCAUCCUCCCCACCGGCCUGACCAUGAAGAGCCUCGUCGAGGAGCUCUCCCCGCUCGCCAACGACAACCCCCCCGUCAUCUACACCGGCACCAAGAAGACCACCAUGAUCACCAUCGACGCCUCGACCGGUCGCGUCCUCAAGUGGUUCGGAUCGAGCGGCUCCCACGUGAACGAGGAGGAGAGCUGCCUUCGUCCCAGCGGUAUCUACGACUUCGACCGCGAGGAGUGCAGCUCCACCGGCACCAUCACCCUCGGCCGGACCGAGUACGAAGUCGCCAUCAGCCGAAAGGACGGUCGCGCCAUUGCCAACCUCCGCUACGCCGAGUGGACCCCCAACAACUUCGACCGCGACCUCAUGUCCACCUACCGCCGGACCCUCGACAACCGCUACCACAGUAGCCGCCACGACGGUGGCGUCUACGCCUUUGACCUCGACGCCUCCGACGAGCGUCUCAUCUUCGCCGACAAAUUCGACUCGCCCGUCGCCCGCGUCUUUGACGUCUGCCGGCCCUGGGGCGUCACCCCCGACCAGAACCCGGAUCUCCUCGUCCUCCCGCAGCCCAUCCCGCCGCCGCAGAAUGACGACGUUGCUCGCCUCCGAAGCAGCCAUGUCUUCCUGAACCAGACCGGCGCAGGCAGCUGGUACGCAUUGUCCGGCUUGUCGUACCCGCUCAUCGUGGACGCCCCUCCCGCCCUCACCUCGCUGCGACAGUGGUUGGAGCUCGACCGGCCUUGGGGCCUGCUGACCCAGAACCAAAAGUCCGCCGCUAUGAUCGGCCGUCACAGCUUUGACUCGGUCCGGGAAAAGGGGCCCCAGUAUUAUCCACCGACCCUUCCCGGGGGUUCCGUCUCGCAGCCUGUUGACGAUCACGAGAACGAUUCGACCCUGCCCACCCUCGUUCCCGACGACUUGGACGGCCCGACCAUCGUCGCCAAGGUCAGGUCGAUUCCCCAACAAGCCGCCAACAGCUUCGUGGACCUUUUCAAGAACCCCGUCCUGAUCAGCAUUCUCGUCCUCUCGUUUUUCUUUUACCACAAGGACCUGAUCCGAUGGUCCAAGGCCAAAUCGCGGAAGUUCCUACUGCAACGGGAGCAGUGGUCCAAGCCUGGUGACCUGGUUUCUGCCGAUCUCGCACUCGGAAGCUCUGUUCACGCUGAGGUACCUGCACUCGACCCACGUACCGACGACACGCCGGAAGAGAAGGCCCAGCAGCAACAAGUACAGCAACAACAACAACAACAACAACAGCAGCAGCAGCAGCAGCAGCAGCUGGUCGAGCCAUCCGCUGUCGACGAGCACACGACAGCUGUCCCGGAGCGUACCGAAAAUAGCGGCUUGUCUGAGAAGAGCAAUUCCGGCCAGGCCCCGUCUCCGUCCUCCACGCCGCCACCGCCACCCGACUUGGCUGCUUCGCCCGCUAAGCCGGCGGCCAAGAUCGAUGCCGAAAACUCCGCCGCCGGGCCCCCUGAGAAGAAGAAAGGCAAAGCCCACCGCGGCAGACGUGGCGGGGUCAAGCAUCGAAAGAAUGGUCCCAAGAAGAGGGACAUCUCGACAUCCCGUGACGAUGAACCUGCGGCCACCACCGUGGAGGAUGCCGUCAAAAACGCCAAGAGACUCGGCAACUCGCCCAAGCUGGAACCGGACGUGGUCACGAUCACGAACGAUAUGCAAUCGGUUACCGGUCCUGUGUUCAAGCUCGGCAGCAUCGAAGUGGACAUGGAGCAUCAGCUGGGCACGGGCAGCAACGGCACCCUUGUCUUUGCCGGUCGGUUUGAUGGCAGAGAGGUGGCCGUCAAGCGGAUGCUCAUCCAGUUCUAUGACAUUGCCUCGCAAGAAACUCGUCUGCUUCGGGAGAGCGACGAUCACCCAAAUGUCAUUCGAUACUACGCACAAGAGGCCAGAGAUGGUUUCCUGUACAUCGCACUUGAGCGGUGUGCUGCCUCCUUGGCUGACGUUGUCGAGAGGCCCUCUCGGUUCCCCCAACUGGCCCAGGCGGGCAGGGCCGACCUGCCCGCGGUGCUCUACCAGAUCGCCAAUGGAAUCAACCACCUGCACAGCCUCCGUAUUGUGCAUCGCGACCUGAAGCCUCAGAAUAUUCUGGUCAAUAUGGACAAAGGCGGUCGUGCUCGCCUCCUCGUGUCAGACUUUGGUCUGUGCAAAAAGCUUGAAGGAGGCCAGUCAUCCUUUGGCGCCACGACGGGGCGGGCGGCUGGCACGACGGGCUGGCGAGCACCCGAGCUGCUCCUGGACGACGACAAAGAUCCGCUCACGGAUGCUAGCAUCAACAGCGGGUCGGGCACGCCUCUGGUCAACUCGGACCUGUUGCCGAACCGGCGUGCCACGCGGUCCAUCGACAUCUUCAGUCUGGGUCUCGUUUUCUUCUACGUCCUGAGCAACGGCCAGCACCCCUUCGACUGCGGCGACCGGUACAUGCGCGAGGUCAACAUUCGCAAGGGCAACCACAACCUCAGCCCGUUAUCGGUCCUGGGAGACUAUGCGUCCGAGGCCAAGGACCUGAUCCGCACUAUGCUAGACAGCAACCCCAAGGCGCGUCCCACGACGCACGACGUCAUGUCGCACCCGUUCUUCUGGUCGGCCAAGAAACGGCUGGCCUUCCUCUGCGACGUGUCGGACCACUUUGAGAAGGAACCGCGCGAUCCGCCCAGCGAGCCGCUGCUCAAGCUGGAGGAAUAUGCCCCGAUUGCGACUAAGGGUGACUUUCUGCGCCACCUGCCCCGCGAGUUUGUCGACUCGUUGGGCAAGCAGCGCAAGUACACCGGCACGCGGCUUCUCGACCUCCUCCGCGCGCUCCGCAACAAGAGGAAUCACUACGAGGACAUGUCCGACUCGCUGAAGCGGACCGUGGGGCCGUUGCCCGAGGGGUACCUUUCCUUUUGGACCGUACGGUUUCCGGAGUUGCUGCUGGCCUGCUGGAAUGUUGUGUGGGAGCUUCGAUUCCGUUCAAAGUUUUACCAGAGCCCCCUCUCUAUUUGGAGGGAAACAAAGAGGCCAAGGAUAUAUCUGGAUUCGACGCUUCCCGGCUUUGUUAUACAGGGCAUCAGCCCGGACGAUACAUUGAACAACGCGCUUCAGUCACGCUGGCACAGCUUUCGAGACCACCGUUCGACUCAAUUCUCAUGA